AGACCGGGUUAGAAGUGCGCGCGCACAAGACAGUCGCUUGAGUCGGUGUUACUUCGUGCAGCUAGUAGCUGGUAGUGUAAGGACACUCUCCACUGUCUGUCUUUGUGGGUUCAUUAUCAGUAGUACCGCUUGCGGUGCCCCCGCCGGUAGUAUUGGUGAUCAUCUGCCGCAAGUGAUCUGAUGCAGAGAGAUUAGUAAUUUAUCGACCGCGUGAACGGUUCUUCGGUUGCCGCUGUAGUCGCGGCUCAGAAGCGCGCUAGACGUUGGCGGAAGUGCAUCGCAACAGUUUUUGCAGCUGCUCCCCCCACAGAAUGUCUGUUCGAGGGUGAGGGCUCCGAUCCGAUCGCGUCUUGUGUGUGCACAAGUGUUUGCCAGUGGCCAGUAAACUGAAGUAGCGUGGAAUUGCAACAAAGUAGCGAGAGAGAACUUGAACCCGAACAUUACCAGCCAGCCAGCGGUGCGUCAUUGUGUGUGGAAGGUGUAGGAAGCAUUCCCAGUACCAACCCCCGAAGCGAAAUGGAUAUCCUGCAGCAGGAGAUGCGCGGAAUUGCGCUCGCUAACCUCAGCGAAACGCAAUCGGCCCCAGUUUACAACUCGACCACGGUGCCACUUCAUCGCAAGGAUUCGCGCAACAUGGACCAAGCCGUAAUCCGGAACAAUACCAGCUCGAACGGUGCAUUUCCCUCGUCGAACCACGACGUGGAGGGCCACGCACGACCCUUCCAGAAUCUGCCGGCCCGCGAACCGGUCGAUAUUCAGUUCAAAGAUGUUUCGUACGUUGUGGAUCUCGGAUUUCGCAAAGGCCAGAAGGAAAUUCUACACAAGGUGAAUGGCAAAUUCCCGGGCUCGCAGCUGAUCGCCAUCAUGGGACCGUCCGGGGCCGGCAAAUCGACGCUGCUCGAUGUACUGUCCGGUUACAGGAAGACCGGUGUCGAGGGUGCAGUGUACGUGAACGGUCGGAUCCGCAAUCUGAACAGUUUCCGGCGCAUGACGUGCUACAUCACGCAGGACGAUCGGCUGCAGACGCUGCUGACGGUGCUGGAAAACAUGCGGAUCGCAGCAGAUCUCAAGCUUGGACCGGAAGUGUCCCGUCACGAGAAGGAAUCAAUCAUUGAGGACAUUCUAACCGUGCUGGGAUUGUACGAGCACCAGUUUACCAUUACCAAGCGGCUCUCGGGUGGUCAGCGUAAGCGGCUGUCUAUAGCGUUGGAGCUGAUCAAUAACCCCACGAUCAUGUUCUUGGAUGAGCCAACCACUGGUUUGGAUAGCUUUUCGUGUAACCAGGUGGUGGAUCUGUUGAAGCGACUUGCCCACCAGGGCCGUACGAUCAUCUGUACGAUCCAUCAACCAUCGGCUAAGCUGUUCCAGGAGUUUGACCAGGUGUACGUCCUCUCGAACGGUGAAUGCAUGUACCAGGGAUGCACCAACAGUCUGGUGCCCUUCCUACAGUCCGUCGAGAUGCCAUGCCCGGUCUAUCACAAUCCAGCCGAUUAUGUGAUUGAACUGGCCUGCGGUGAACAUGGUGAGGAUCGCAUCCAGCGCAUGGUGAUAGAGAUGGGAAAUGGCGAGAGCACGGACUGGUUCGCCGAUAAGCGAAAGAUACUGAAGCUGGAGCAGCUGCGGAAGAAGCAUCCGCUGAAAAAGAUCAUCGAGCAGAGCGAAGAGCUGACGGCCACGUCGCAGCUGCAUCAGCUGCAGGUACUGAUCAAGCGAGGCAUUAUCAAGGCGAAGCGGGACGCUACCCUGACCCAUCUGCGGAUCGGCGUGAACAUCAUCAUCGCUGCCAUGCUGGGAUUCCUGUUCAUUGACGCCGGCAAUGAGGGUUCACGAGUGCUCGACAACUACAAUCUGCUCUUCUCCAUUCUGAUGCACCACAUGAUGGCCACGAUGAUGCUGACGGUGCUGACAUUCCCCACCGAGAUGGGUGUCAUCCUGAAGGAGCACUUCAACCGAUGGUACACGCUCAAGUGUUACUACCUGUCCGUCUCGAUCAUCGAUAUACCGCUGUCCGUGUUCUGCUGUCUGAUCUUCACCGUCAUCAUCUACCUCAUGAGCGGCCAGCCGAUGGAGUGGUUCCGUUUUGGCAUGUUUUUCACCAUCAGCCUGCUGAUCGUGAUGAUAGCGCAGAGCAUCGGGUUGACGAUCGGAGCGUGGUUUAACGUGGUGAACGGUACAUUCCUUGGCCCCGUACUGACCAUCCCAAUGAUGAUGUUCGCCGGUUUCGGUGUAACGUUGCGCGAUCUGCCGAGCUAUCUCAAAUGGGGCAGUCACAUCUCUUAUCUGCGGUACGGGUUGGAGGGCUACGUGAACGCAAUCUACGGUGAAAACCGUGAGACGCUCGACUGCGAGCUGAAACCGUACUGUCACUACAGAUAUCCGGCCAAAUUCCUAUCGGAGAUCUCCAUGGAAGGUGAUCAGUUCUGGAAGGACGUGUACGCUCUCUGUUUCACGCUGCUGUUCGUCCGCGUCCUAUGUUACUUCUGCCUUCGAUGGAAGGUCGUAUCGGUGCGGUAAAUCCUGCGAAAUGCCGAGACAGCAUUUUCACCGCCAUUUACCGACCCCCAAAAUGGUUCCCACCCAGCUUCGUACAGUUCCUGUUUGCCCUACCAAAAACCCAUCCGAUCAUCGGUCGGUUCUUUGGUAGCGAAUGCUGCACGUCUCUGCGUGUAUGUGUGUCUGUGGUUCAUGUGAUCGAAAGAAUAGCAAGCAUAGGAUGUGAUUUCUGUAUACCAGGCGUUAUCGGCCAGCGGAGCCUUGAAUGCCAAAAAAGGGAAGUGGAGAGCAGUUCACCAAAAAAACACGCGGCGCGCAGCUCCGCGAUUCCAUUGUUGUUCCCAGCCAUAUCUUAUCACGGUCCGCCCCGUUCGAUCGAGAUGCAGCCCCUCCGGCUAUCGUUGUGCAUUUUCUUGCUCAUUUUUAACCUGUAAAUAGUGGUCCAGGAGCGUGGGGCUCGUAACAUAACAGUCCUUAGGUCGUAGGAAGCAUUUAUCGAUAGUUUGAUGGAGGGAAGAAGGUUCACAGCAUGUUAGUUGCCAUUAGUUAUUGAUAGUUAAUAAAUGAUUAUCCUUUGAUCCCUGAAA